AUGCUUCGUAGUCUUAGAUUGAAGCCUUAUAAGCUGGCCGCAGUACGUAGGCUAGCCACUGCAGCUGAUCCUGCAGCAAACCCAAAUAGAGUACAUGGCGGUUUAAAAGACCAGGACCGUAUUUUCCAAAACGUAUACGGGAACUAUGGCCAUGACUUAAAGUCAGCCCAGAAGAUGGGAGACUGGUACAAGACCAAGGAGAUCAUCUUGAAAGGCGACAAAUGGAUUAUUGAUGAAAUGAAAAAAUCCGGUCUUAGAGGAAGAGGUGGAGCUGGGUUCCCCUCUGGUUUGAAGUGGUCAUUUAUGAACCCACCAGGAUGGGAGAAGAACCCAGGCCCAAGAUACCUCGUGGUCAAUGCAGAUGAGGGUGAACCAGGUACCUGUAAAGAUAGAGAGAUUAUCAGAAAAGACCCACACAAAUUGGUUGAAGGUUGUCUUUUGGCAGGUAGAGCCAUGAACGCCACCGCAGCAUAUAUCUAUAUCAGAGGUGAGUUUUACAAUGAAACCGUUAUCUUGCAAAACGCAAUCAACGAAGCAUACAAAGCUGGCCUUAUUGGUAAAAACGCUUGUGGAUCCGGCUAUGACUUUGACAUUUAUAUCCACAGAGGUAUGGGAGCAUACGUGUGUGGAGAAGAAACUGCACUUAUUGAAUCUAUCGAAGGUAAAGCAGGAAAACCAAGAUUGAAGCCUCCAUUUCCAGCCGGUGUCGGUUUAUUUGGUAGACCAACCACAGUGGCCAACGUUGAAACCGUUUCAGUAGCGCCAACCAUUUUGAGAAGAGGCGGAGAAUGGUUCGACUCUUUGGGAAGAGAGAGAAACUCUGGUACCAAAUUGUUUUGUAUAUCUGGUCAUGUGAAUGAGCCAUGUACCGUUGAAGAAGAAAUGUCAAUACCAUUGAAGGAAUUACUAGAAAAACACUGUGGUGGUAUCAAAGGUGGCUGGGACAACUUGUUGGGUGUUAUCCCAGGUGGUUCCUCGGUCCCGGUUAUGCCAAAGGAGACAUGUGAUACCGUUUUAAUGGAUUACGACGCAUUAAGAGAUGUUGGUUCUGGUUUGGGAACUGCAGCUGUUAUUGUUAUGAAUAAGCAAACAGACAUUAUUAGAGCCAUCCAAAGAUUUGCACAUUUCUACAAGCACGAAUCAUGUGGUCAAUGUACACCAUGUCGUGAAGGUACCACAUGGCUUCAAAGAAUGAUGGACAGAUUCCAAACAGGUCAAGCCACAGAGAGAGAAAUUGACAUGAUUUUUGAAUUGACCAAGGAGAUUGAAGGCCACACCAUUUGUGCUUUGGGUGAUGCAGCUGCAUGGCCAAUUCAAGGUUUGAUCAAAUCAUUCAAACCAGUAAUGAUUGAUAGAAUCAACGAGUAUCAAAAGAAGCACGAAAACCUUGGUGGCGUGCAGUACGGUGGAUGGGUGAAUGGUGGUAAAGUUAAAGAUGGUGUGGUUGUGGAUAACCCAAUCCCUCAUGGUCACUAA